UUUAACCGUGCAGUUUUAUCAAAUUUGGCGCCAAUUUAUAUAUUUAAGCAGCUGAAAACAAGAACGACCUAUCAGGAAUUCUGUGUUGAUGUUAGAACGGUUAGGACUGGAUCAAAAAUCAGCUCGCGCUUGUCACCUCCUAACUAAAUCAGUUUGCUAAUAAGGAUGUCUAAUUAAUUCUAAUCUAAGAUUUGGUGGGACAUUACAUAUUGUAUAAAAUGGCACCUCGCCGUAAACGUGCUGCUACAAAACUAGAGGUUCCUGUUCCUGCUAAAAAAACGGCCAAGAGCUCCGACCACACUCUGCAAUCUGAACCGUCAAACACGGAUGGAUUGGACGUGAAGAAUGGACCUAUCCUGUUCAUCGAACACUGCAAAUCCUGACAAGUGUUCAAGCGCAAGGCCAUGCAGAUCCAUGAAGAACUGUGUGAGCUUGCACCGGAACAGCCGAUUGCUUUAGUGCUGAAUGAAACAGGUAAACCGCGUCGAGGAGCAUUUGAAAUUUUCGCUGCUAAAUCAAAACAAACAGAUCGUGUAUUGGUGUGGUCUGGCCUACCGAGAGGUCCACCCCGUAAGGACAAGUUCCCGGAAGCGAAGGAAAUUCUCUCAGAUGUACUUAAAGCUAUAAAGUAGAUAUACAGC